CACCUGCCCCAGCAUCCAGAGGCGACUCAGUACUCGGUCGUGCCCGCGUCAAACAGGACGAUUUCGGACGGAUAGUGACAAGGAUACCGCGGCUCUCUGGCGGCGGUCCACGGAAAUCGGAAAAUCGAAAAAUCGGUAAAUCGGAAGAACAGGCUAACGAACUGAAGUCGGGCCAAGAACCGGAUUCGGGCCAGAAAGGAGAACCGCUAAGGCAGCCGGACGGAGUCGCGGGUUUUUCGUCGCUUUCGGCAUUAAGUGAUAAUAAAGUAGCGGCAAUCAUUUUUAAAAUUGUGUGCCAGCUUAUGCAAAUGUAGAAGUCGCUUAAGAGCCAAUCCUCAAGAAAGUGCCAACCGACGUCGCAAAAAAGCCCCAAAAAAGAGGGCCAAGAGAGAAAGUUAAGAAAGAAAAGCCGCAAUUUAAGUGGCCUGUGUGUGGCCAACAAAAACAAAAACACCAACAACAGUUUACAAAAAAACAAGAAACCACAUAAAAAAAAAAGAAAGAAAAAAAAAAUCUCAAGGAGCAUAAGGAAUCGUAAGCCGCAAAUGAACAGCGACAAGCGACAGGCAGUUUGGCCCGCUUUCGUGCAACACAAAUUAUGCAAAUUCUGCGCUAAGUGCAGCAAAAUGCUCGCAAUGCCAGCGACGACAAGCGAUCCCGACACAGGCACCACCACCACCAGCAGCAGCAGCAGCUACAGUAGAAAAUAAGCGGAAAAGCGGAAAAAAAAGCAGAAACAACGGGGCAGAGGACCCGGGAAAACCGAAUAACAAUAAUAGCAAGAACAACAAAAGAGGCAGAGCCAACAACAUUAGACGACGAGGAGACCGGCAGCAAUAUCAACGGGCUGCAAAAUGCGCUUUGGCUUAAAGUUGAGCUGCCUUUGGCCAAGCAUUUUAUUAUGGCUAACGUGGAGUUUCAGCUGGCGGUGGAGCAUAGACGGCGGUGGAGGUGGUAGUGGUAGUGGUGGUGGUGGAGGAUUUUUAGUCAGCGCACAGCCAUCAUUAACCGAGAAAAUCCCAUUAGGUGCCAUUUUCGAGCAGGGCACCGACGAGGUGCAGUCGGCCUUCAAGUACGCGAUGCUCAACCACAACCUGAACGUCUCGUCCCGUCGCUUCGAGCUGCAGGCCUACGUGGACGUAAUCAAUACGGCGGAUGCCUUCAAGCUGUCCCGACUGAUUUGCAAUCAGUUCUCACGGGGCGUAUACUCUAUGCUGGGUGCCGUCUCGCCGGACUCUUUUGAUACCCUACACUCGUACUCGAACACCUUCCAGAUGCCCUUCGUAACGCCCUGGUUCCCCGAAAAGGUGCUUACACCAUCGUCUGGCUUCCUCGACUUUGCCCUCAGCAUGCGCCCGGAUUAUCAUCAGGCCAUCAUUGAUACAAUACAGUUUUAUGGAUGGCGAAAAAUAAUUUAUCUCUACGAUUCCCACGAUGGUCUGCUGCGCCUGCAGCAAAUCUACCAGGGCCUGAAGCCCGGCAACGAGUCCUUCCAAGUGGAGCUGGUCAAGCGCAUCUCCAACGUCAGCAUGGCCAUCGAGUUCCUGCACACUCUCGAGCAAAUUGGCCGCUACGAUAACAAGCACAUCGUCCUGGACUGCCCCACGGAAAUGGCCAAGCAAAUACUCAUCCAGCAUGUUCGCGAUUUGCGCCUGGGCCGGCGCACCUAUCACUAUUUGCUGAGCGGUCUGGUCAUGGACGAUCGCUGGGAAAGCGAAAUAAUCGAAUUCGGGGCCAUUAACAUCACGGGCUUUCGCAUCGUGGACACCAACCGGCGGCUGGUGCGCGAGUUCUACGACAGCUGGAAGCGACUGGAUCCCCAGAUGAGCGUGGGAGCUGGUCGUGAAUCGAUUUCGGCACAGGCGGCACUCAUGUAUGAUGCGGUCUUCGUCCUGGUGGAGGCCUUCAAUAAAAUCUUGCGCAAGAAGCCGGACCAGUUCCGGAACAAUGUACAACGCCGCAGCCAAAAUUUGAUGGUCGCCCAGGCAGCUGCCUCCACGUCCAUGGACGGGUACAACUACAAUGCUAGCGGCGGAAACGGCGGUACUUCCACGGGUGGCAGUGGCAGUGGCAGCUAUGCCGGCGGCGAUUCCAGUGGAUCUGGUGGCGCCGCCUCCCGGGCCCUGGACUGCAAUACGGCCAAGGGCUGGGUGAAUGCCUGGGAGCAUGGCGAUAAAAUAUCGCGCUAUUUGAGAAAGGUGGAAAUCGAGGGCCUAACCGGGGACAUCAAAUUCAACGAUGACGGCAGACGCGUCAAUUACACGCUGCACGUUGUCGAGAUGACAGUAAACAGCGCCAUGGUCAAGGUGGCCGAGUGGAAUGACGAUGCCGGACUGCAGCCCCUGAAUGCCAAAUACGUCCGUCUGCGUCCGCAUGUGGAGUUCGAGAAGAACCGCACCUACAUCGUGACCACCGUUUUGGAAGAGCCCUACAUCAUGCUGAAGAAGGCGGUUUUCGGUGAGAAGCUGCAUGGAAACGAACGCUUCGAGGGAUAUUGCAAGGAUCUGGCAGAUCUGCUGGCCAAGGAGCUUGGCAUUAACUAUGAACUGCGCCCGGUCAAGGAUGGAAAUUACGGAUCGGAGAAGUCCACGGAACACGGCGGCUGGGAUGGCAUGGUGGGGGAGCUGGUGCGCAAGGAAGCGGAUAUUGCGAUUUCCCCCCUGACGAUUACCGCCGAACGCGAACGUGUCAUCGACUUUAGCAAGCCGUUCAUGUCGCUGGGCAUCUCCAUCAUGAUUAAGAAGCCAGUGAAGCAGACGCCCGGCGUGUUCAGCUUCAUGAAUCCUUUAUCGCAGGAAAUUUGGGUGAGCGUCAUCUUCAGCUACAUUGGCGUGAGCAUCGUGCUGUUCUUUGUGUCGCGCUUCUCGCCACAUGAAUGGCGCCUCGUGCAGCAGCCGCCGCAGCAAUCACAGUCGCCAGAUCCGCAUGCACAUCACGAACAGCUUGCCAAUCAGCAGCCGCCCGGCAUCAUUGGUGGUGCACCCAUACCGGCUCCACCCGGACCCCCGACUCCAGGCGCCCAAUCGGCAGCUGGCGCUGCUGCCUUGCAGGCCGCCCUUUCGGCCGGAAGUCCCGGAUCCGGUGGCUCAUCCUCGACGGCAGUCAAUGAGUUCAGUGUGUGGAACUCCUUCUGGUUUUCACUGGCCGCGUUUAUGCAGCAGGGAUGCGAUCUGUCGCCGAGAUCCGUAUCCGGGCGGAUUGCCGCUGCCUCCUGGUUCUUCUUCACCCUCAUCCUUAUCUCCUCGUACACAGCCAACCUGGCUGCCUUCCUCACUGUGGAAAGGAUGGUCACGCCCAUUAAUUCGCCGGAGGACCUGGCUAUGCAGACGGAGGUUCAAUACGGCACCCUGUUGCACGGCUCUACCUGGGACUUUUUCCGGCGCUCCCAAAACGGACUCCACAUCAAGAUGUGGGAGUACAUGAACUCGCGCAAGCACGUCUUCGUGAAAACCUACGAGGAGGGGAUCAAGCGCGUGCGCACCUCCAAGGGGAAGUACGCCCUCCUGGUGGAGUCCCCCAAGAACGAAUAUGUGAACGCCCGCGAGCCCUGCGACACGAUGAAAGUGGGCCGGAAUAUGGAUACAAAGGGAUUUGGAAUUGCCACGCCGCUCGGCUCGGCCCUCAAGGACCCCAUCAAUCUGGCGGUGCUGAAGCUGAAGGAGAACGGCGAGCUGAUCAAGUUGCGCAACAAAUGGUGGUACGACAAAACAGAGUGCAGCACCCACAAGGACGGCCAGGCCUCCCACAACGAACUCUCGCUGAGCAACGUGGCCGGCAUUUUCUACAUCCUGAUUGGCGGCCUGCUGGUCAGCGUUUUCGUGGCCAUCCUGGAAUUCUGUUUCCGCAGUAAGGACUCUCGUUCGGCGGCGAACGGUUCCGCCAUGGGAAUGGGCAUGGGCAUGGGACUGGGCGGAUCGGGGGGACACGGUAGCCUGGGCAAGGCAAAUGGCUCCAUGAUGCUGGGCCCCUCCAGCGCCGUGCCCGGCGUGAUGCCGUCCACACAUCAAAGGAGCACUCUGACGGACACCAUGCACGCCAAGGCAAAAUUGACCAUCCAAGCGAGCCGCGACUACGACAACGGACGUGUUGGGUAUCUGAAUUGCGCCUCGUUACAGUAUUAUCCGCCCGCCCAGCUCUCGGCCACGCCCCCCGACGCCGGGGAUGCCCUCCACAUGAACGCCCACGGCCAGGUCUGACAUGAACUCGCGCAGGAGUCGCGCCUAUGACGCACACCCUGCGCCCCCACAAUCCGCCGGAUAAUGGCCAACAGUCGCCAGGAGACGGAGAAGAUGAUGGGCGGUGGAGGCGGUAGCGGAACCGUUACCGUAUCCGUUCCGGCCACCUGCUCGGGCAGCAUGAACGGCAGCCACGAGGGCAGCCUCACACUCUCGCCCGGAAGCGGGAGUGCCACGCUGAUGCGCCAUUCCCCGGACAUCAACCAGCACCCAUAUGGCAAGUAAGCAGCCGGAAGUGCUGCAUAAGGACAUAGCAAUAAGGACAUAGUUGUAAGUGCCAAGCCAACAACAGCCAAAAAACAAACAUGACAUCCAAUCAACCGCAAUCAUAAAUUUUUUUGCGCUGCAAAAUUGUUGCAUACUUUGAGGCAAAUCUCAAGGAUUUAAGACCAUUUUCUUGUUUUUAAUAGGACAUUUUUGAAUUCAGUUCCAGUGAAAAUGAAAUUGCCUGUUUAAAAUUACUCACCCACAAUUGAAUGGUACACUUAUGGAUAUUAAAAGGCAAUAAGUGGGUGAAAACUCAACAAUAAAUCUUGCCACAGAGCCGUGCAACAAAGUAUGCAGCUUUAUUUAUGCGGCCACAUUCAAAUAAUUGCGCUGCGCAAUCAGUUGGCAAAUUUUUUAGCCUGUCAGCAAUGCAAUGCAAAUGGGUGGGAUAAAUUAUUGCAUUACUGUUAACAGUCAGCUGAGCUGAGCCUGAGGAUCAGAUCAAACAAUGUGAGCAGAACGCCGGUGAGGCAGAAGGCCAUCCGUGCGGGGAAAUGACAACAAACAUAAAUGAUGCAGAGAGGAAGAAAGUGAAAAAAAUGAAAACACGAAAUAACCAUAAACACAAACAAGUGUCGGCUUGCAUAAAUGCAUACGUAUAUAAACAUAUAUUAACACUGCAAUUCAUUGCAUUCAAAUGACUGAUUAAUAUUUUUAAUAAACAACAAUGCGCCGCAACUCAAUAGCUAAAAGAAAAAUUGUGAAAAACAAAUAGAAAACAUGGGAUAAGUGUUCAUAGUGGGAUAUAUUUACAUACAUAUAUACUCUUUUUUUGCUCUUCAAUUAUCAGUGCGGGAUUUGUUGUCGCAUAUUUGUUUAUAAUUAAAUUACAGAAAACCCAGGCAAAAAACUCGAAUGAAUACGUAGCCGAGGUGUCAGAGGGGGCCCAACAUAAAUAUUGUAAUAAAUUAAUUAGCGCUAUAUAAAGAAAAUAGUAUAACUCGUCAAUGCAGCACAAACAAUUAAAAAAAACCAUGAAUUGAGUGGCCAACAAGCUGAAUUUUAAUUAAAUUUAUUUUAAUUGAAAUUGUUUUGAUUUGAGUUUAGCGGAAAUAUGGAAAGAAUUUUCACAGAUUGAGCAUUUUUUUUUUGUCAAGUAUGAUUUACAAAAUCCCUACAGUUUACUUAAACCCUUUUCGUAGUUAGAAGCUAGUUUUAAUUGGCCCCCGAGGAGUAGCUACUAACUAUUAGGCUAGGCUAGCAUUAAUGUUUGAACUUUAAGCAAAAAUCAAACAACAAAAGUCGCAUACUUCCGCAUUGAAAUUGAACAGGUAGGUGUAAUUAAUGAUUGUAAAAAAAAACAAAAGAUAUACUCUAAUUGUAGUUAAAUUUUAACAUACCUAGUAUACUUUGCAUUCAUUAUUGUACAUAAAACUUGAAAAUAACACUGGAAUGGGGAGAGUAGUUCAGGAAAAUAAAACAAUAAAUGAAAACGGGAUAAAUACCAUAAAAAUGAUCAAGUCAUAUCAAAAGACAUUAAAAAUGGUACUAAGAUUAUCAAAAUAUAACAAGAAAACACUUAAAUUUUCAAAAUAAUAAUACAAGAAAAAAGAAAACUAUUGUAAAAUAUUUAUAAAUUUAUUGUUGUUAGCUCAGAUCUGUGUGUGCAUAAAGUUGAUUAGAAAAAAUAAUUUUGAAAACCAUUCGAAUUGGAUGUUUCGGCUUGUUUUGGGUGCUUAAAUGUUUUAUCGGCCAUGCAUUUGAAACUAAAACCAACAACUGUUGCAGGUGAAU